ACCUCAGCACCAGUGACUAGCGUCCAAAGUGAGAACUCAGAUUCCCCCUCUUCCAUGUCGGCAAAUUCACCUUCCUCAUCAAGACGACAACGACGUUCGUCCGGCUCCUCGCGUCGCCGUCAUCGGCACCAACGUCCACGCACAACUUCACUUUCUGGCACCGAUCACACCCCUUCUGACCAUCUCAAAUCCUCCGAUAUCGUCACUCAAUCCUCCUCCACUACCUAUGUUGUACCUCCAGCUAACAUUCUUCGAGCCACUUAUCCACAUAGAUUGUUGAAAGCGGAGAGGAGCGAAGGAUGCGCAGGCAUAAUGAAUUCGGGUGCAGCGUCUUCAUUACCAGAUUUGCAUAAAAGUGGAAGUGGAUCUCUGAGAUUUGAGCGUUCUGUGAUUGAAAACGAGGUGUGUUUUCUUGCUUUUAUGUCAUAUCUGGUCUCACAUUGA